AUGAGUGACAACAAAGGAGACAAGCCCCCCAAGAAACAACAUUCCACACCUUCUCCUAAAGACAACCCACCUCAAGAAUCCCUAGAAGAACCGCCGGUGGUCGUCCCUGGUGCUCCUACUUUCCUCACUCCACCACCGCCACAACCUCCUUCCCAGCUCUAUAUCUCGACUGAGCCACUCAAUCCAAAGAGACCUAGAUAUACUAGUGCUACCGGUCAAUGGAAGCUCUUACCAUCUCCAUCGCAAAAACAGAUCUCCAUCAAUGUUGUUGGCUCCGAGAAAACCCCCUCUCCAUCCUCCAAUCAACCACCUACUCAUGGCGCCGUAGCCGCAGCUUCUUCGUCGGACACCGCCUCCUCCCCUUCGCACUCACCUCGCCCAUCUGUCUCCGGCCAAGAGACAAGCAAGCCAGAAGGAGAGCAGCAAUAUACCCAACACCAGUUAAGAAAAGGCAAAUACGUGAGCCCAGUUUGGAAGCCCAACGAAAUGCUGUGGCUAGCUAGAGCUUGGAGGAUCCAAUACCAAGGUGGUGGUGGGUCGUCUGGGUCGGUACAGGGAAGAGGAAAAACGAGAGCCGAGAAAGAUAGAGAAGUUGCAGAGUUUUUGCAAAGAAAUGGGGUGAAUAGGGAUGCUAAAACAGCAGGGACAAAAUGGGAUAACAUGUUGGGUGAAUUCAGAAAGGUUUACGAGUGGGAAAGAGGUGGAGAGAGAGAGCAAAUUGGGAAGAGUUAUUUUAGGCUCUCACCUUAUGAAAGAAAGUUACAUCGGCUGCCUGCUUCUUUUGAUGAAGAAGUGUUUGAAGAGUUGGCACAGUUUAUGGGUUCUCGAAUGAGAACUCCCCAGAACAGCAUUUGUAGAGGAACCUCCCCGUUUCUUUUGACGUCCGGCAGUGGUGGUAGUGGUGAUCAAGAAACCCGGUUAGCUGUCCUCGACGCCAAAUCAUUCCCUCCUCCGCCUUUCAGAGACGAUGAUCUCCCUUUCUCCUCCUCUGGGAGGGCUGGUAGACAUCUAAUAAUGGCGGGUACUGAAGGGUAUCUUCAUGGUGUUAGAGGGAGUUUAUUAGGGAUAGAGGGUUCUCCGGUGGAUGUAGGAGGGGUGGGUCAAUAUGAAACUUCAUCCACAUCAACAUCAAAGGAACUAAGAAGAAUUGGUAAAGUAAGAAUGGUAUGGGAGGAACUUGUGAGCUUAUGGGCUGAAGAUGGUGAGCAUCAUAGAGGUAGAGUCAAGGUUCAAGGCACAAGCUUUUUAAACGCAGAUGAACUCACUUUCUUGGAUGAUUCAAUGGUAGCUUGUACCUUGGAAUCCUUUGAAGAUGGUAAUUCCCCUCUUAAAGGUUUUUCUGUUGAUAGAUUUGUUCCUGGGCAACAAGUCAAAGUAUUUGGCAGAAGAAAGUCAUCCUUUUCAGCUCCUCAUCCUUCUGGUACCGCUAUACCACCAUGGGAGUUUCAAGAUCCGACGGAUUACUAUUUGGGUUGUCUUCGUGUUCAGCCACCAACACUACCAAGCCUGAUUGACCUACCAUGGUACUUGCAAGAACCACCAUCGGAGGAGUUACGUUUCCCUCUCCGAAAAGACUUGUACCGAGACCUGCCACAAGGAAAAGAACUUUUCUUUACCACCUCUUCUGAACCCUUGGACUGUCGAUCCAUCACAUUUGAAAUUUUAAGCCCAAUUGCCCGAUCAAACCCUACUCUCACUACUUCCACAAGAGAAUCAUUCAUCGGCCUUUGGGAUGAUUGCAUCAAUCGUGUUGUAUCAAAAUUUAGCAAUCUUGAAAUGGUGUGCAUUCGAAAACCACCUUAUCCCCCGUCGUCAAAUGAUGGCAUUCAAGAUCAAUGGCCUAAUGUAACCGGAUUUGUGAGGAAUUUUUGUUUGUGGAGAGGAGAAGAAACUGAUAAACUAAGAGAAGAUAAUAAUCUUGAUCCGUCUUCUUUAAUGGUGCAGAAGAUGUUGUGGAGUUAUUUGGAUCUUCCUUAUAUUUUAGGUUAUUAUACUGUUGGCUAUAUCGUCACCUUUUGCGCAUUAAGUCGAACACAUGAUAGGCUCAUCAGAACGGAUCUCCACACAGUUGACUUAUCGACACCUGGAGAUCGAAUCAAGGCCUUCGUUCCCUGUUGGAGGAUCGCCGGCUUGUUGUCACUGUUGGCUGAUCGUUGUGCUAACUUUCAGCAGAUCAGCAAAGCUUUUCCUUACAGUGACUUCGAAAGAAUCGAUUUAGGUAAUGGCACCGUUAUCGAAUUAACACCAAAUUAUAUGACUAGGGUCUUCUCAAGCAAGAGAAAAUGGGUGACCGUUAAAGAGAUAUACGAUUUUCUGGAUCAUCGGAUUCCACAUUCAGAAUACAUUUUUCAGUCAUCGGAAAGAGAUUUGAGCCUGAGUUUCAAGCCGAGAGGAUGCAAGUUAAAGCUUUCGAAUUUCGAGCAGUUGGUGGAGGCUCUGAAACACGUAACAAAAGCGUUAGUGGCGCUACAUGAUCUAUCCUUCAUGCACAGAGACUUGGGUUGGGACAAAGUGAUGCAGAGAAGCGACAGAGAAAACGAGUGGUUUGUCAUCGGGUUUGACGAGGCGGCAAGUGCGCCACAGAUAUACCCACCACAGCAGGAAGUAGGGGUGGCAGCGGCGACGACGGUGGGAGGAGGAGGAGGAGGAGACAGACAAGCACCGGAGAUGAAAGGUAGGGGAAUGCAUGGGGUAAAGGUGGACGUAUGGGGUGUCGGGCAGAUGCUGAAAACAUGCGGGUUGGUGGGUUUGCCCAAGGCGCUGAGAGAGUUGCAGAACAGGUGUUUGGACCAAAAUCCGGAACAGCGGCCGACGGCGGCGGACUGCUAUCACCACCUGCUUCAGUUGCAGUCAUCAAUGUCAGCCGCCGCCGGUGAUUACUGA